CGAAAAAAUAACUUUCAAUUUUCUUAUUUUUUACUUGAAAAGAUUAAUUUGCUUGAACAUUGCUUGGAGAUUGGGUUGUAUGCUUCUCAUUUUCCAGAAAUGAGCCAAAUUAAAAUAUACAGUACAAUUUUCAUUCUUUCUCCCAAACACCAGAAAAGAAAAUGACUUCAGAAAAAUAANUCGAGUCACUGGUGUUCCUAUUUCAUUUCUAUUGGCUCGGGGGCAGAGCAUUAAGGUUCUUUCUCAACUUCUGAGGAAGGCUAAACAAAGAAAUCUUGUCAUUCCAAAUGCCAAACAAGCUGGGCCCGAGCAAGGAACUUUUGAGGGUGCAACAGUUCUGGAGCCGCGUGCUGGAUUCUAUGAGAAACCAAUUGCUACUCUGGAUUUUGCGUCCCUCUAUCCAUCGAUCAUGAUGGCUUAUAAUUUGUGUUACUGCACAUUGGUAACCCCUGAUGAUGUGCGCAAACUCAACCUUCCCCCAGAGUGUGUACACAAAACUCCUUCGGGGGAAACAUUUGUCAAAUCAAAUUUGCAGAAGGGAAUACUUCCAGAAAUUCUUGAAGAGCUACUGGGAGCUCGUAAAAGAGCAAAAGCAGAUUUAAAGGAGGCAAAGGACCCUCUCGAGAAAGCUGUUUUAGAUGGACGUCAACUGGCUUUAAAGAUUAGUGCAAAUUCUGUAUAUGGAUUUACCGGGGCUACCGUUGGGCAAUUACCAUGUCUAGAAAUAUCUUCAAGUGUUACAAGCUAUGGACGUCAGAUGAUAGAACACACUAAGAAACUUGUUGAAGACAAGUUCAAGGUAAUUGAGGGCUACCAACACAAUGCUGAGGUCAUAUAUGGAGAUACAGAUUCAGUCAUGGUGCAAUUUGGUGUUUCUACAGUGGAAGAAGCCAUGAGAUUGGGUAAAGAAGCUGCAGAUUUCAUUAGUGGCACAUUCACCAAACCUAUAAAACUUGAAUUUGAGAAGGUUUAUUAUCCAUAUCUGUUGAUCAGCAAGAAGAGAUAUGCUGGCCUUUUAUGGACCAAUCCUGAUAAAUUUGACAAAAUGGAUGCUAAAGGAAUUGAAACAGUGCGAAGGGAUAAUUGUCUCUUGGUAAAGAACCUUGUAACUGAAAGCCUUCACAAAUUAUUGAUAGAUAGAGAUGUUCCUGGAGCUGUUCAGUAUGUUAAAAAUACUAUUUCUGAUCUUCUUAAGAAUCGCAUGGAUUUGUCUCUUCUCGUCAUUACAAAGGUAGGCAGCAAUCAACUGAUCAACCAAAUGCCAACAAAUCUUAUGAUUCAUCUUCCAAGAUGCCACCCUCACCAGAAACGGUCACCACCUCACUCUCAAAGUCUCCUGUUGAAACGAGAUGCUGCUACUGCUCCAACAGUGGGUGAUAGAGUACCUUACGUCAUUAUCAAGGGUGCUAAAGGUGCUAAGGCUUAUGAAAAGUCAGAGGAUCCUAUAUAUGUCUUAGAGAACAACAUUCCAAUAGAUCCACAUUACUAUCUUGAGAAUCAAAUUAGCAAGCCACUUCUAAGGAUAUUUGAGCCCAUCUUGAAGAAUGCCAGUAAAGAACUUCUGCAAGGAAGCCAUACUCGAUCACUCUCCAUUUCGACUCCUUCCAACAGUUGGAUAAUGAAAUAUGCCGAAAAACAGUUAACUUGCCUUGGAUGCAAAGCACUAAUUAGUGAAUCUGAUAGAACUCUCUGCAAACACUGCAAGGGAAGGGAAGCUGAACUUUAUUGUAAAUCAGUUGCAAAUGUUGCUGAACUGGAGAAGCUUUUCGGGCGGUUGUGGACGCAGUGCCAAGAGUGUCAAGGCUCCCUUCACCAGGAUGUGCUGUGCACUAGUCGAGAUUGCCCGAUCUUCUAUCGGAGGAAGAAGGCACAGAAAGACAUGGCGGAAGCCAAGACCCAAUUAGAUCGAUGGAGCUUCUGAACAACAUGCACCAUGAAAGUUACCCAUGCGGCAUAAUCUGUACAGGUGUGGUCGCAAGUAGUUGAACAGAUCUGAACUCAAUCUUUUUUUUUUUUGAGGAAAAUCUGAACACAAACUUGAUAGUGUAAGGCUGUAGAGACCACCUGUAAGUGUUAGGGAUGUAAAACCGGAAAAGGCUCAAGGCCAGUUAACCUGAACUUGUUGCG